CUCUCUCUCUCCUGUAGUCCUGUCAGCUCCAACAAACCAACGAGAGACGGAGAACAAAUAGACCUCUCUUCUUCUUCUCCUCAACAGUAGCUGGACUGGACUUGUUCCUUCUUCAUCCACCAACCCAAAACAAUGGCCUCCUCGUCAUCCCUCACGAUCUCUCAGGCCCUCGUUGGUCGCACCAGAACCCACAACGGCUCCACCACUACUCACUCCGACCAUCUCGCCCUCCCUGGGUUCAGUCUCAGCACCCUCGCCGGCCGGGGCAUCAAAUUGUCUUCUCCGUCUCUGUGUCCCGCUGGCUCUCGCAAGCGCGUAAACUCUCGAUCCGCUGUCCGUGCGGCUGCGGUGGAGACUCUUGACAAGACGGAGACCAGUUUGGUGGAGAAGUCGAUCAACACGAUUCGGUUCCUUGCGAUCGAUGCCGUCGAGAAGGCCAAUUCCGGGCAUCCUGGUUUGCCCAUGGGAUGUGCUCCGAUGGGUCAUAUCUUGUACGAUGAGGUCAUGAAGUACAACCCCAAGAAUCCUUACUGGUUCAACCGUGACCGGUUCGUUCUCUCUGCUGGGCAUGGCUGUAUGCUUCAGUACGCUUUGCUUCAUCUUGCUGGAUACGACAGUGUUAAGGAGGAAGACUUGAAGACUUUCCGUCAGUGGGGAAGCAAAACUCCUGGUCAUCCUGAGAACUUUGAGACUCCUGGUGUUGAAGUUACUACUGGGCCUCUCGGUCAGGGUAUUGCCAAUGCGGUUGGUUUAGCCCUUGCAGAGAAGAACUUGGCUGCUCGUUUCAACAAACCUGACUGCGAAAUUGUGGAUCACUACACAUAUGUUAUACUGGGAGAUGGUUGCCAAAUGGAGGGGAUUGCAAAUGAAGCUUGUUCCCUUGCUGGGCAUUGGGGACUUGGAAAGCUGAUUGCCUUUUAUGAUGACAACCACAUCUCCAUUGAUGGUGACACAGAGAUUGCAUUCACUGAGAGUGUUGACACCCGUUUUGAAGGUCUUGGGUGGCAUGUGAUUUGGGUGAAGAAUGGUAACACUGGUUAUGAUGAUAUCCGUGCUGCCAUCGAGGAAGCAAAGGCUGUCAAAGACAAGCCAACCUUGAUCAAGGUAACAACUACCAUAGGUUAUGGGUCUCCAAACAAGGCAAACUCAUACAGUGUUCAUGGAAGUGCACUGGGGGCCAAAGAAGUUGACGCCACAAGGAAGAACCUUGGGUGGCCAUAUGAACCUUUCCAUGUGCCUGAAGAUGUAAAGAAGCACUGGAGCCGCCAUGUCCCAGAAGGUGCUGCACUUGAAGCUGAAUGGAAUGCCAAAUUCGCAGAGUAUGAGAAGAAGUACAAAGAGGAAUCUGCAGAGUUGAAGACACUCAUUUCUGGUGAACUGCCUACUGGUUGGGAUAAGGCCCUUCCGACUUACACUCCAGAGAGUGCUGCCGAUGCCACCAGAAAUCUGUCUCAACAAUGCCUUAAUGCACUUGCAAAGGUUCUCCCUGGGCUUCUUGGUGGUAGUGCAGAUCUCGCUUCUUCCAACAUGACUUUGCUGAAGAUGUUUGGGGACUUCCAAAAGGACACACCUGAGGAGAGGAAUGUCCGAUUUGGUGUAAGAGAGCACGGCAUGGGUGCCAUCUGUAAUGGGAUUGCAUUGCAUAGCCCUGGCCUUAUCCCUUACUGUGCAACCUUCUUUGUUUUCACAGAUUACAUGAGAGCAGCAAUCAGGAUCUCAGCCUUGUGUGAAGCGGGAGUUAUCUAUGUAAUGACCCAUGAUUCAAUUGGUCUUGGGGAGGAUGGGCCCACACAUCAGCCCAUUGAGCAUUUGGCAAGCUUCAGGGCCAUGCCGAACAUCUUGAUGCUCCGCCCAGCUGAUGGCAAUGAGACUGCUGGUGCAUACAAGGUUGCAGUUCUUAACAGGAAAAGACCCUCAAUCCUAGCCCUCUCUCGGCAAAAGCUUCCCCAGCUUCCAGGGACAUCCAUUGAAGGAGUUGAGAAGGGAGGUUACAUUAUAUCAGACAAUUCUUCAGGUAACAAGCCAGAUGUCAUCUUGAUUGGUACCGGUUCAGAAUUAGAGAUUGCUGCUAAGGCUGCUGAUGAACUCCGGAAGGAAGGGAAAGCUGUCCGGGUUGUCUCUUUUGUCUCUUGGGAGCUAUUUGAUGAGCAGUCUGAUGCAUACAAGGAGAGUGUUCUGCCAGCUGCUGUUUCUGCCAGGGUUAGCAUCGAGGCGGGAUCAACAUUCGGAUGGGAAAAGAUUGUGGGAAGCAAGGGGAAGGCAAUUGGGAUUGACCGUUUUGGAGCAAGUGCUCCUGCAGGAAGAAUAUACAAGGAAUUCGGUAUAACAGCAGAGGCUGUCAUUGCUGCUGCUAAGGCAGUUUGCUAGGCUAGUUUAGUGGUGUUCCCUCUUCUUCUUCUUCAGUCUUCAUUGGCAUUUGGAUUUAGGGUCUUGAUUUCCCAAGUUUGAAAAAUACAUUAGAUAAGAGACCAGUCUUGUGAAAUUUUGAGUCUAAAUGGCUUCUUUGGCAAUAAUAAAAAAGAGAAACUCUUUCCGGUGCCUCUUAUAUUUCCCCGGUGAAGAACCAGUCUCCAAAUUGAAUCAAGACUUGGAGAGAGUAAGGUAGGUGAAAUGUCCAUGGAACGUGUACUUUGAAUUUUGUAAUCUUUUCAUGGGUACUUCCUAUUGAACUUUGAUUAAUUCUUAGUAAUUAAAAGAAAAAUAUAAAUUGUGUUCUUUCUUUUGACAA